CUGCCACGGGCUACUUCCCGCUGGGACCCCUCGGCCACCCGGCUCACCUCCCCCCUGUCCCCCUCUCACACCUUCCCGACGCAAAAAGUGGGGAGAUUCGGGAGGAUGACCCUUUCCUACACCUCUGCUCCGAGGAGAGAGGCCAUGGCGGCGGUGUUUCUGCCCGGCAAUCUCCAGGAUGAAGCCACUUGCUCCGUCUGCCUGGAGUUCUUCAAAGACCCCGUGUCCAUCGAGUGCGGGCACAACUUCUGCCGGGCGUGCAUCAUCAAGAGCUGGAAGGACUUGGAGAUGGACUUCCCCUGCCCGCAGUGCCGGGAGGUCUUCCAACAGAAGAGCUUCAGACCCAACCGGCAGCUGGCGAACAUGUCCGAGAUCAUCAGCCAGUUCACCCUCCGUGGGGCUAAGGGUGCCGAGGAAGACGGGCUCUGUGGGAAGCACAGGGAAGCCCUGAAACUCUACUGCAAGGAUGACCGGAGGACCAUCUGUGUGGUCUGCGACAGGUCCCGGGAGCACCGGCCUCACGCCGUGGUACCCGUCGAUGAGGCAUCCGAGGAGUACAAGGAGAAAAUCCAGGGUCGCUUGGAUUUCCUGAAAAAGGAGAGGCAAGAGCUGCUGGAGUUUAAAGUGAACGAUGACAAGAAAACCCAGGAGCUCUUGAAAACCAUCGAGAACGAGCGGCAGAAGCUGCUCUUGGAGUUUGAGAGGCUGCGGCAGUUCUUGCACGACCAGGAGCACAUCCUCCUGGGGCAGCUGGAGAAGAUGGAGAAGAGCAUCGCCAAGAGGCAGAACGAGAACAUCACCGACCUCUCCAAGGAGAUCACGCUCCUCAACAAGCUCAUCACGGAGCUGGAGGAGAAAAUCCAGCAGCCCAUGCUUGAGUUCCUCAAGGAUGUAAUGAACAUCAUAAGCAGAAGCGACGACGUGAAGUGCCAGAAGCCGGUGCCGGUAUGCACGGAUAUGAAAAUGCACAUCUGCAAUUUCUCCCUCAAGACCGUCGUCCUCGAGAAAGUCUUGAAGAAAUUCCGAGAAAACCUGCAAGAUGAACUGGGAAGAGGUGAAAAAGAGGACCUGACCCUGGACCCCGAUUCGGCAAACCACCUCCUCAUCCUCUCUGCGGACCUCAAGAGCGUGAGGAUGGGCUGCAGGAAACAGGAGCUGCCCGACAACCCCAAGAGAUUCGACACAAACUCUCGGGUGCUGGCUACCACGGGCUUCAAGUCGGGAAGACAUUACUGGGAAGUGGAGGUGGGGGCCUCGGACGGUUGGGCCUUCGGGGUGGCCAAGGAGUCCGUCAGGAGGAAAGGUCUGAAAAAAACUGUUCAGCAAAACGGAGGUCGCUACUGGGCGGUCACCUCGCCCCAACGCACCCCGCUGUGCCUCAGCCAGAAACUCAAUAAGGUCAGGGUGUACCUGGAUUACGAAGGGGAAGAAGUCUCCUUCUACAACGCUGACAACAUGCAGCACAUCUUCACCUUCAACGUCGCCUUCCAGGAGAAGGUGUUCCCCCUCUUUUCGGUCUGUUCUACCGUUACCUACAUCAAACUGUGCCCCUGA